GCUUGGAACCUGUUACUAAACGCCGCUGCUACCAAUGAUCCAUCUGCUUUGAUUGCAUUGGAAGGCCUCCCAAUCUCCUAUUGCCAAUAUUGGCAUAUCCUUGUAGUAUCUUAUAAGAAUGCAGAGGAAACGUUUUGGACAAUUUAUCUGCUUGGUCUGAAGCGAAGAAAGAAGUGGUUGCUGCUGUCUCGGUAUCAGUGCACGAGCUGCCAGUGGCAUUCGCUAGUCAAGAUUCGUUUCAAACAUGUAAUGAUCAGGCAGCUCUUUACGAGCUGUGUGUUGCGCCGUUUCAUGUGCAGAACCUCCAGCAAGUGAGGUUAGGCCAGCAUGGCGUCGUGGGCCGCUUGGGCAGGCGGCUGGUUGUGGAAGGGCUUGUCGUCCGGGACCCACUAUCUGGUGGCAUCGACGCUAAAGCAGAUUGUCGUACUAGCCGUUCGCCGGAGCCUGGGGUCCUACAUCGAUGGACUCGAUCCAGACUCAUUGGAAAUCACAGCUGCAAUCCAAGCCGGGUCUCUGCACAUGACUGAUCUGAAACUGCGGCCUGAGAAACUGUGCGAACUACUUGGAUUACCCGUGAACAUCAUCGACGGCAGAGUCGGGUUGCUAAACGUUCACAUACCGUGGUUGAAUCUAUUCCAGGAGCCAAUCAGAGUAGAGCUAGAGAACGUUUCGGUACUUGUGGAGACACUAACAGCCCAGAACUUUGACAAGGAUGUCUACGAGGCAACCGUGCAAAGUCGCAAGCAAAGCCAGCUGCAGAAGAUUGAGCAGCUUGUUCAAGAAUCUCAGAAAGAUGAGGCAACGGAGAAGAGUGAGACAACCCUGUGGGAUCAGCUCGUCACCAAGGCUGUGGAGUGCAUCGAGGUCAAGAUUGUCAACUUGCAUUGUCGCUAUGAACAUUGCUCCAUCAAAACUACCUCCGAUCACCUCGAUUUUGCCUUUGGUGUUACUAUUGAGGAGCUGGAUACGAAGACUUCCUUGCAAUCGAUCAAGUCAAGUCGUGACUUAGGCAAAACGGUGGAGCUGAAGAAUGUUGCACUCUACUGGAACACGAAUGCUCAGUCAUUUGUUGGCAAUAUGGCCGAGGGUAUGGCGGCCUAUCUGCCUGGCGGUGACAGUGAAAGAGCUGUGAAGGCUGACCAUGUUGUACAGCCGGUGUCUGUGGUGGCCAAGCUGGCGCUGAAUCUGUCACCGGAGAAUAACCCCAAUACGCCCAAGGUUCGUGUCAAUGUAGCACUGGGCAAGGUCAACGUGUGCGUCAAACGCAGCCAGCUCCUGUGCAUAUCUGAUCUACUCAGCUAUUUGCAACAUGCGUACGAGCAUCAGGCAUCCUGGGUGAAUCGUCCGGGCAUGCCCGUUUCCAGAGAUCGCCGUGCCUGGUUCCAGUAUGCCAUUUCUUCUGUCGUUAGUGAUGUCCGUGCACGAAGCACGGCCACCAUCUCCUUUCCAGCUCUACUUGAACGCAAGAAGCUUGGGUGUGAAUACACUAUCCUGUAUCAGCUGCACCUGGAGAAGACAAGCCCGGACCUUAUGAAGCGUUUAGCAGAGUUUGAGUGUCGCAUGGAUGUGUCCAACAUUGCACAUGCACGUCACAAGGCUAGGAUAGCGAUGCGCAAACGGGACCUUCUGGAAGCUGAACGCGAAUCACUGCGGAACAAAGAUAGCGCCGAGUCGAUUCUUGGCUGGCUGUUAUCAUGGUGGUAUGCAGAGAAGGGCUCCAAAGAUACUGGAUUUGAUGAUGACAAAGAGACACUUUUUCAUAAGGUUGCUCGUCUCUCUGAGCACAACCGACAAGAGUUGCAUCAUGUUCUGGGCUUAGCCGAUAGCGCUGUAUUCUCGGCAGACCUACCUGGAGAGUACGGCUGUGAACAAUUUGACUUCAAGCUAAAGCAACUUCAGAUACGACUGGAAGACCACAGGAGAGAUGUAUUGGUUGCGACCAUGACAGGUGCUGGUGUCUCGCUAUGGCAACGUGCCAGUGCCAAAGCUUGGGGGCUCAAGUACCAGGUGGAAGAUGUUCUGGUGAUUGGUAGAGCAUCUCGCCGCACUGGUGGUGACCCACCCACGCUGUUGUCUGCAAAGAUGGCCAGUACCGAUGAGGAUGGCCUCUUCCAGCUCGUCUUUGAAGCCAAUCCACACGACUGUCCUGAAGACUUUCGCUUCCUCGCCUCACUGAAGCCUGUACAGCUCUUUUAUGAAGCGGCAACAUGGAAGGGCUUGCUGCAGUUCUUCUCGCUUCCUGACUCCAGAGAGUUGAAUGAACUGACGACAGACUUGUUGCUGUUGCUGAGUGCCCGCACAUCGACAAGCUUCCAGUAUCUUGUCAACCACAAAAAGACUCUGGCACUGAAUGUCAAGCUGCGCUCACCAAUCAUCGUCAUCCCAGACCAUGGAAAACUGAACGGAUCAACUGCAGUGCUGGUCAUGGAUCUCGGCCUACUGGAAAUCUUUAGCAGCGCCGAGCGCAGUAGCCGGGCGCGCAAAUCCAUCAAAGAUGAGAAGGAACUGCGGGAGGCGGACUUCUUCGAUUACUUUCACGUCAAUGUGCUUGACGUGCAGUCGUUCAUUUCCAAUGAGGGUGAAAAUUGGAGCAAGUCCAACCGUCGUCAGAACGCAUGUCUCAUGCCCAGUUUUGAGGUGAACAUGCUGAUUGGUCUACGACUCAAGGGCGGUCCACCACGCCUUCCACGAGUGAAGAUCAACAGCAAUGUCACUGAUCUCUGCUUUGUCCUGUCCGAAGAGAGGAUACAGCAACUCUUUGAGCUCUACUCCGGCUUGCCAAGUCCGUUUCCAGCCGUUGAAGUUGAAUCCAGUCUGACGUCAGAUGAUCUUGUCGAGCUGGCUAUGAGCCACGGCCUGCCCAUCGCUAUGGCAGUGUCGCGCACGCAGUGGUCCGGAGCUAGCUUUGCACGAGUACAGAGGCGUCUGAGCAGGGCCAUUGAGGAGAAGCGGCGGUCGUAUGCCGAAAUGGAGCGUCCAGCCUCGCAAUGCCUGUCCUCCGAUGACAUGCGCAACGUCGCACUGAGGCUGGCCAAAGAGGAGCAGGCGGAAGUGCCGCUCACAGCCGAGACCGAUAGUGUCUUGAUUUCAACUGACGGAAGCUUUCUACUGAGUGCGGGUUCAGAAGAGGGCAGUGCCAUUGUUGACGAUGAAGAGAUGUUCUUCGAUGCUCUAGAAGAACCUGAUCCACAGGCAGUGGAACGCCUGAGGGAAGUUGUGGAUGUUGCAGACAUGGCGGUGACGUGCACUAUUGAUGAGAUCAAGGUGGUGAUACUGCAGCAAGCUAUGGCUGGCAGCGUCACCGAGAAGGAGUACCUGCGCUUUCAAGUGGACAACCUGUACUGCGAGCUGCUGCGAGCGCAUCACACGGCGUUCUUCUACGACCAGCGGCAAGUGGUGUCUCCCUACCAAAGAGCCCAUGCUCUGAUCAGAUCAGUACUGCUGGAGGAUGUUACUAGCGACCCGGCUGGUCCUGUAAAGCUACUGAACUCACCAGCCAGCCAGGCACACCUGAUCAAUCUCAACUUUCAUCAGGUGGAUGAGUCUUCGCCAGUGCUAUCCUCAGAGUUCAGCAAUGCGCUGCAAGCUGUGCGUGUGACUGUUGCUGAUCUUGCCCUGCUCGUGCACCGAGAAAGCAUCUCUCAGCUCACCAACAUGGGAGCAAGACUUCUUGUGCACUGGAACUCUAUACCGGCUAGGAAGCAGGGAGACACUCGCAUGACUCCUUCACCAUCGUUCGACAGUGUGUCAAGUGCUACUUCAAUGAUGGAUUUGCCUUCAGCAUGCCAGUCAACAUCCAAUCCUGAACCCGCCGCCGCUGCCAGUACGGCUGCGAAGUAUGUCAUCAGCUCACAGCUGAAUCGCAUCACAGUGCAGUUGUGUGGUAACAACUUCAGACUGGUAGACGCCGGUGUGGAAAAGGUAGUGACGGCCGUGGAAUGGCAUGCUGCCCACAUGCACUUCACCUGUCGGCUACAGUCACUGUACGUACAGCAGUCAGCACCGGAUGCAGUGUAUCCACAAAUUUGCUCCAUCAUGCACAAGUCGGAGGACCUAUUUGACUUGAGCGUGACCGUGUAUGAUCGUAAUGCUGCACCAUCGGCUCAGCCUCAACGGUCUACGGACCUCGACUUCAAUUUGAAACUGCGGCGUCUCCGUGUCACCUACUUGCAUCACUUCACGUCCCGUUUGCAGAAUUUCUUGUUGGAUUUGCAAGUGAUGGAGCAGAUAGCCUGGGUUUCAGAGGAGUCAUCACGACGUCUGGCCAAGGAGCUCUCUAAGCCGCGUGCCAGUCGAGUGAAGCUGCGUGCCUUGCUGCAGGCUCCCAUUCUGCUGUUCCCACGCAACUCCUGCUCAUCUGAAGUGCUGCUGAUCCACUUGGGAAACGUGAAGGUGCGCAACGUGAUCUACCUGACCACCGUCUUGCUUCCACGACCACCACCGCCGAAAACGGCUGCUGAAAUACCUGGCGGUGGUGCCAGUGGCGGCAGUGGUGGUGAUGGCGAUGGUCAUGGUACAGAUGAAAUGGACGGCGGUGCACAGCCACCGGAGCUUGUGCGUAGCUACGGUAUAGAUCACAGCGAGUCUGCUCAAAGUGCGCCCGAGAGCGUCAUUCUACCGGUGGACAAGAUCACGUUCACUCUCAAAGACUUUGUGCUGCUCAGAAUGAUGCAUAGUGUUCUGAGCCAGGAUUCGCCGAGACACCUACUCAUGGAGCCGAUUAAUCUGAGCAUUCGCGUAGACCGCAGCCUGCAGCGCGACAGCACUGCAAUGCCAUUGCUCGACGUCAGCGCACACCUGGACAUGGUCAAGGUUCAUCUAAAUCGUCCUGACUACAUGUUACUCUACGGUGUUUGGAAUGAGAACUUGGCAGAGCGUCCCGCACCGUCAGCUCAGCCAACCAGUCCACUGGCAGAGGCGUCCGCUGUCCAAUCACCGCGUCUCAGUUUGGCAACGGCUGGUGGUAGCGGAGAGCUGUAUGUGGUCAAGGAGGAACCAGAGGCUGCAGUUGAAGAGCUGUAUGUGGUCAAGGAGGAAGCAGAGGCUGCAGCGCUGCCAGCAUUAUCUGGGACAAAGUCACAUUCAUCCGGCCAAUCCAAGUCCACGUCAUCAUCGCUGUCAUCGCCAUCGCCCAGCCAUUCUUCUCAUAAGCAAGGGACUGACCCAUGGGACACGUACCGUGUGACAUUCGCCUUCGAUGGCAUUCACCUUUCUCUGUAUAUUGGAGAGAAGGCUCUGUCCAAAGCUCAGCGUGGUGAGAUUGAACGUGAGGUCAGUCGGUGCAUUGCGACUGCAGACCUCAGAGACGGCGACUUUGAUGUGACCGUGCGGUCAACGAGCGAGCUGACCGCAUCGUUUUCAGUGAGCGACCUGCGUGUGGUGGACAUGCAGACGCAGCGCUGUGACAAUGACAUUGCCAGGAUUGUAGAUCGGAAUAUCAAUCGUGUUUCUGACACUGAUCAACAAGCCGACACUCUUCAGAUGGUCUCACUCACACUGAACCGACCUACGGACAACUAUUAUACAGUGAAAGCCUGCUUCAGCGCCAUUCACUGCAAACUGAGUAUCAAGUUCAUCGCGGAUGUUCUGAGUAUCUUCAGAACUGCCGAAGCAGCAAACAACACACCGCCAGCUACUCCAUCUCCAGAGUCGCCUGUACAUGGUCUUGUGGAGAAGGAUGGUGGUGGCACCGACAGCAGCAUCAGCAGCAGCAAUAGUCCUGUCAGUGCUUCGCGCUUCUCUGACCAGGGUAGAAUCAGCUCCAGUAGCUGGUAUGAUGACCUGGAUGAGGUCACGUACUGGUGCGAGGUGCUUGUCGUUGAUCCUGAUUUCUGGCUGGUGGAGAAUCCGACAAGGGAUGACUCGCCAGUGUUGUCUUUGCAGUUUGAAGGGGAGUUCCUGCUGAUCCAAUCUGAGGAGACCAGUAAGAUAGCUAUCUUGCUUUCGAAUCUCUUCAUCGACUCGUUUCUCUGCGGCCACUGGGUGGAUACGCAUGUCAUGGUGCUACGUCCCUGCUCCAUUGAUUUCUUUAGCAUGCCUCGUAGCGUUGAUUCGGCUAGCGGCCCCCAGCAGCAAGCACCCGAGGAAGACAUUUUGAGUGGCUACGAUAUCAUCGACACUGCCGAUAGUGAUGGACAGACUGUCGACAAACUGUGGGUCCGGGUGUCUCAAGUGUCGCUCAACAUUUCCCCAGCGUUGAUUAUUACCAUUCAGAACAUCAUCCUGAAUGUCUGGGACUAUCUGUGGCCUUCGGUGGAGUCGGAAGAGACUGUGUCAGAGAAACUGGUCGAUGAAAGCAUGUGGCAGCCGAAGAAGAUGGACACCGAGAAAUGGAAAGCGGUGCGCGAUGGUGAUGUGACCAGUCCAGCACGUAUCCUCGAGUCUCCGCGUGGAGAGAAGUUGUUUGUUGAUGUGGACGGUAUGGACAUCAAGUUUGACAUCGUGCAUGGCGACAGCACAUACGUGCCGGUUCUGGCGUUGGGUGUGCAUACGCACGACGUGGAAAUCCGAGACUGGACAACUCAGUUGAGCGCUUCUCUGGUUCUCGCCUUGGAGAUCACCUACUUCAAUCGUAGCUCCGGCGUUUGGGAGCCUCUGCUGGAGCCGCUGGAGCAGAGUAAUUCUGGCGUAGUGCGACCAUGGAAGCUUAGUGUCCAGUACCUGCAAGUUAUGAACCUGUCCGUGUGGCAAGGCGAGCCUCGGCUUCACUCUGCCGCUCCAGCGCACAAGAGUGGUGAUGCUCAUGCUCGUGGCAAUGCGGGUUCUGGAGAUGAAGUGGAUGCAUUCCCAUCGACAGUUUCUCUGAUGCACACCGUGCUACUUCCCACUGUUGAGGUGGACGCUGCCAGAGAAAGUCCGGAGUAUGCGGCUGGUGGCGGUGUGGAUCAGCAUCCGCAGAGUGCCUUGCUGGGUACACCCAGGGCGCAUGCCGAUGGCUCCACCACCUCCCUCCGCUCAGCUGUCCUUAGCAGUGGUGUUGGUGACCAGGUGGAUACGGUCGGUGAAGUGGCCACCUGUCUUGUUCUGUCCUCAUCCGAUCUGCUCUCGGUGACGCUUUCCACAGUAUCGCUGCAGCUGUUGACGGACGUUAUGGAAGCCUACUUUGCCGAGGUGUCCACGCAUAAUGACACGGUGCGUGCUCAAGUCAGCUGCCUGGACGUCCCUGUGCUUGUUCGUAAUGAGCUUGGUUUGAGCAUGGAUGUAGUAUCUUACCAAGAGCUGUUGAGCAAGCCUAAUGAGAGUAUAAUCAAAACUCAGCACCUGAGCCCGCACAAGACAAUGCGCUUGAGCUGGCCAUCGCAUCAGCCGGCGUUGGCGUCCUUCAUGACGUCCGACGCUGCCACGGCUGCGCUGGAGUACGUACCCGCUCGGCGCCCGCCGCGCUUGCCAAGCAGUAACAAGUGGCAUAUGGAACGUGGCAAUGAACAGUUGGACUGUGGUGAGCAUGACGAAGACGAUGACGACGACAAUCUCGACGACCUGUUGCUUUUCUGCGAUGACCCCGGUGACUGGCUGAUGCAGGGAGUGAAGAAGCUCGUUGAGCACUGCUACAGCUCCGCUGGUGCUGCGGGCACAAUGGGUAUCGUGCGCAAAGAUUCGGGCCUGUUCAGCAAAGCUCAGCUGCGCUCCGAGUCAACCGUCAGCGGUGGUGAGGGUGCAUUCGCUGAGUGGCCAUUGCUGCGCGCUCCGGACAAUGUGAAGAGCCACACCAUGCCAGCUGUUAAUGAGGAUGGUGCCUAUAAUGAAGCAGUUGUGGAUGGUCGUGAUGAGGUUGAUGGUGGUGCUGGUGGUGCUGGUAAUCGCCGACGAAUUGUUCCACCGCCACCACAACCGAAAGUGUCUAGAAAGCCUCGUUUAUCUGAUGUAGGGCCGAUGCUGUCGAUGACGAUUGAUGUUGAUGAGGAUGAGACUGAUGGUGGUGAGCGGUCGCAGAGCAGCAGCACUGAACCUGGUGAUGAUUGUGAUGAGAAUACAAGUCACUUGUGUAACCUCUGGUCUCAUUUCUCGGGUAGUCAUUCUGUCGAUGAACAGGAUCAACGUGCGAAAGCAGUUGAUGCGGAGGAUGCUCUCAGUGCUGAUGGUGGAGGAGGGGAUGAGACCGACUUUGCCGCGUACAGUCUUCACAAGGCACCCGCGCUGGGUGGUCUGCCGUCUCCUAGUCUCGACACGUCACAGUCGCCGCUCGACGCUUUCCUGCAGGCAGGGCGCUUGCUGGCAUCCGUAGGCAGUACGGCCACCAGCACCACCGACAGUCCUGUCGUCAAUCGUCAACAGCCACUGGCAGUGCAGGUGGAUGGGUUUGACGUGCUGCGGGCUGUGCCACUGAAACCAACCGGCACAUAUGUCCUGCGCAUACGACCUACGACUCGCCAUGCAUGGUCGAAGAAACCAGGCUGCCUGGCGGUGGCAUGUGAAGUGAAGACAACGGAAGGUCAGCGUGCAGUGACGUUCCACUCAGUCAUGGAAAUUAAGAAUCAUCUUUCCGUGGAGUUGAAUGUGUACUGUCGGCCAGACAUAUCAACUGUUGAUCUCGCCGCUGCGGAGCUAGAGCAGUGGAUCUCCUCGGAGCUGAAAGGUCUGGAGAGCCACAUUGAGACGUUUGAAGGCCAAAAGCUGCUGCAAAUCGGCCGAGUGAAACCGGGCGACACGUUCUUUGUUCCCCUCUUCAUUGUCUAUGAGUGGGAGUUGUUUGUAUCACCUGAUAACACACUUGGGUUCGCACCAUGUUUGCAAGGUUUUUCACUCGCUAACAUAUCAUCAAAACAGCAAACCCUGCUGCAGUGCCCCUUACGUGGUGGCCCGGACGCUGGAGUGCCUCCGUUUUGCUUCAGGCUUGCUGUGGAACUGGUGGAGGCACUUAGCACCUCAUCGUCAACCGUGUCCGCCAUUCUGUCACAGGCCUGCACUGUCCCCCGUCACAUCCUCAACUUCCAUCCGCCCGGAGUUCUGUACAACCUCCUGCCGUUCUGCAUCCGCUACCUUGUCGAGGGCGUGUCUGUGUCAUGGGUUGAAAUUGAACCCGGCCAACGAGACUGCCUGUACACAAACAGCCUGGAGCAUUCUCAGACUCUACUGAUCAAGCUACCGGAUUACCGUGGGAGGCAGUGGGAGGGCAAGAUCAAUGUGCAUCGCAAUGCCGCUCCUGCCGUACAUCCGCUGAGCCGCUCCAGCCUUUAUCAGCCGGUGAAAUUCAAGACCACCGACAAGGCAGAGAAAAUGUAUUUGGCAGUGGCACUCUCUGCUGAAGAGUCUCUGCACGUCCGCUUCUUUGCACCCUACUGGCUAGUCAACAAGACCAUGCUGCCACUGGAAUGGAAGGGAGUGAAGCAUGGUACCACGUUCCGCAGUGACGACAUCCUUGUAUCACAGCCUGGAGCUUCUGUCAGUUCCAAGAUGCCAGGACUGACCAGUGAGUAUGCUGCAUCAAGUGCAGAUGAUGACACAGGAUGUCCUGCUGACCCAGUGUUGUUCUCCUUCGGCAAGUCUCUGCACAAGGGAAAGGUGUUUGUACGUGCUGAUGUUGAGCAAAAGCACUGGCCCAAGAAGGGAUUUUCCCUGGAGACGGUCGGUAGUGGCGACGUGGUAACUAGCCGGUCAGCAAGACUCUCUUAUGAAUUCUGGCUUGCCAUCAAGGCAAGUAGCUUUGGCCUGACCAAGAUUGUUACCAUAUCUCCUCAGUUACUUGUCUUCAAUCGAACCAAGGUGGACUUACAAUGGGCCGAUGAAGACGGCGCUGCUAAGAGUAACAUGAGGAAAGACUGGAAUAAUAUUGCAGCAGGAAAGAAUUGUCCAAUAUGGCCACUAAAGAGCAGUACAGGGCGUAUGGUGAUCAAACCUGCAAACGGUUACAACUCCUCGCUGCCGUUCGAUUAUCGCUCUCCGCGGCACUAUGUGCUGAGAAUGGACAGCAAGGAUCUAGCUGCCGUCUGUGUGGAAGUUCGCCAUUGCAAGAGCUCAUUGAGCGUGGUGAUCAGCGACUACUACCAGGGUGCUGCGCCUGUGCGCCUGGAGAACUGGUGUGACUCUGCCAUCAUCUGCUUUGCUCAGAAAGGGCAAAUUCAGCAGCAGUUUCUCUGGCCGGGAACGUCACUACUCUACACAUGGCCAGAUCCAAGUGGUGAGUGCUGUCUGAAAUGGUGGUGUGGUGGCCAGCAAGCAGAAGAUGAGUCCGAUGGAGCUGCUCGCACAACGUAUGAAGCCAUCCUUCACCAGGAUGGAGAUGGCAGCUUCACUUUCUUUGCAGCUCCGAUCGACUCGCCAGUCAGUCCAACCCUGCUGGGCAUGCCGAUGAAGAAGGCCGCUCACACGUCCGUUUCUCCCUCCAUACAGCGCGGCUUCUGGCUGUCCUAUCUCGAUGGCUUCCAGCGCGUGUUGCUGUUCACGGACAAGUCGGCCAUGCGUGAAAAUCUAAGAAGGAUGAUGGCCGUUCAGAUGUCUAACUUGCAGCUCUACUUAUCUCUAGACGCAGUCCAGGUCUCACUGGUUGAUGAAAAGCCAAGAGAAGUGGCUUUCAUAUCUCUGGCUAGCGGUUCUGCCAACUGGGAGGUCCAACCAUCGGAACGCCGGCCAUCCCCCUCGUCCACAGCACCACAAUGGGAAGCGUUGCCUGUUGCUCAGUCCUGUGCUUUGGAGGCGGCGUUCCAAUCACAGCUGCCCAGCGUGUCCGUCUCCUCUGCCGUGUGCAAGCUGGCAGCCAAUUUGAAGCAGAUGCAGAUGACCGUACCGUGCUCAGGUCGACUGCGGCGUUGUGCAGCACCGGCCGUGUGGCUGCAGUAUGCGCAGUCCGCUCAGGCGUUUGGCGUACGCGCCGUUCUACAGCGGUUACAGGUGGAUGAUCAGCUACUCAAUAGUCCUGCAAUCAGUCCUAUAUCUGACGCAGCUUAUUCAGGAGUGCAACCAUUCCUCGAGACACUGGUCAGUGUUCAGCAGGCAUCAUCACAUGCUGUCCGACAUGUCAAGUGUGCGGAGCUGCAGAUUCGCGAUGUUCGGAUGAAGCUAGAUCUCGACUUUGUCGUUGGAGUUCUGUUUGUACUAUGGCCAUCCUUCUUGACCGAUGAGACAUCUGUGAAGGCAUUGGCAUUCCAGGAGGACCAAGCCAAGAUUCGUAGAUCGCUGGAUGACAUGAGCAGUGAGAUGUUUGAUGAGGAGAGGGCAUUGUUCUCACACUUGGCCAUUGCUCCUUUCAAGGUGCAGGUCAACUUGUCUCUGCGUGAUCCUGAUGGCGGCAUGGUGGCCAUGGAGAAGCUGCGGCUGAACACCUUGCAGAAUGCUCUUCUCUCCAUUGGAGGUUUGCUGCUGGAUGACAAAACUGUCACAUUGGGCAUGGACAGCUACCGUGUGGAAGAUUCACGGCUCAGUCCCAACCAGGUGUACGCCGAGAUUGCAGACCACUACACUGCCCAGGGUCUCCGCCAGUGGUACAAGUUCUUUUUUGGACCGGAUGUCCUGUCCAGACCACUGCACUUCAUUCAGGAGUCGGUUAGCUCUGCGAACAGCGGCACACAUCAAGCAGCUCACAGUUCGUCAGCAGCAGGAGGAAAACGCCACACAGUGGAAGCACUCGUACGCUCCAUGCUCCAUAUUGAUCAUGGUGAUGCAGCCAAGCAGUCAAGAAAAUCAGCAGGCCAGCAGCUUGUCUCACACGUCCAAGCACAGUCGAGCUGUGUUGAUGCCCAAUCACGGGCCAUCUGCAGCAGACUACGCACUGGGGAAGUGGAACUGCUGGAUGUUCUCAUUGAUUAUUAUGCCAAUCUCGCUGGCUGGAGUGGGAAUGGGCGAGGACUUCACUCAUCAUCCAGACUUGCCUUGUCAGAGAUCAGUGAUGGACUGUCGGCAACACUUUGCAAAUAUAGCGGAUCAGUCGCCAAUGUCCUCGGCAUUACAUUGAUGUAUCUCCUUCGGGCGGUGGACAGGGGCCAGCUGCCAAGCUUUCCGCUGCGUCUUCCUCGCCAUGUCAGCCUGGACGGGGUGCUAAACUUCUAUCUGCAUCAUCCGUCGUAUGGUCAAAGCCUUCUGCAGGCCCUGAAGAAGUCCGGUGUCCUGUCGCAGCUGGCGGGCAGCAACGAUCUGGUGUACAUAACACACGGCUUGACUGAUGAGAACUCCAUUCUGCUCUUCACGCAAAGUGUUGUCCUGUGGCUGAAGAAGCACGGCAGCCGCUCCGACUCUCACCUCGCCUCGCUCUCCUGGCAUGAUGUCAACGAAUGCCUGCCACUGUCCGCUGUUGUCGGCGAGCCAAGAGUAUCCAACACCAACGUCCGGUGUCAUAUCAAGACGUCGCUGCUCCACGUGGCUGAUGUCACGAUCAGGGCACACAGCUCUCACCAAGCCAAGCUGAUCAGCAAUAGCAUCUGCACAGCGUUGCUCUACCACCAACUGACCGCAGCUCCUCAGUCAUAGUGUGGUCCUUUAAUUGACGGCCUUCGUGCCAACUGCUUCGUCCCUUCCUGCAUGCGUUGCCUACAUUGCGCUGCGUGCUCUAUUUACCACAAUUUCCUGCGUCUAUUCUAAGCACACCUGCUCCUGCACAUGAUCACACUAUCUGCUGGUUCAAGAUUAUUUUAGAUUAUGUUUAUGAUUAUUACUUGGAAGUAUGAUGGAUGCCAGAUGGAAUAUGAUCAUAGUCUUUCUAUAGAUAUGCCCAUAGAAUACAGCGAUGUCACUAUACAUUAGCAAUGUUUCUAUAGCAAUGUCGCUAUAGCGACAUCCCUUACUGUCAAUGAGCAGAUUUGGCAGCUCUGAAAUGGAUUUGAAGCAGGAAUUUCUAUAAUCAUUUUGCGACGGAUGUUCUCUAUUUUGACUGUCUAUUUUUAUAUACUACAAGUAUCUCUCUGUUGUCAAGUUGAUCGCUUUUCUCCACUCCGUUUCUUGAUGCGUAUAUUUGAUCCGUUGUCAUCAGAUUGUUGCUGCUAUGCCGGCUCUGAGCAGCUGUAUCACCACUAUUAUUAUUUAGCAAAGUCUACUGAGUACUAUGUAUUUAUCCAAACGCUGUAUACUGUAAUUCACAAAUUUUCGGUGUACUUCUAUUUUCGGUACUUUCAGCAGGUGCAUCUGCUUCAUACCUAGAUUUUCAAUAAACCGAACAAACACUAACAUACAAGUACAUGCUAGUAAUCCAAUAGGGAAGUGCUUCGCUCUACCUAAAAUAUCUGUUCACCUAACCUGGCCUUUUGCCCUCAUACCGAAAAUAUUGAGCACCUAAAAUUUCUGAAAUUGGAGUAUUCACAGUACAGAGCAGCUAUGAUUUUUGUGUUGUCCAGAUCAUGGUUUUUCGUCCUUGCAAUAAUAAUGGCAAUUUCUAUGGUUA